AUGGGUCACUCUUUCAGUUUUGGCUUCAAAACUCGGACGGUAACUAACGUUAUAGAUUUUGAUUUUAGGUUAUUUUGGCUCUGCUUCGUGAUACUAUCUUGGUACGGGUCUUCGCUAUUGAUAGAGGCUCAGUACCGAGCCUUCCAAAACAAUCCAAUCUCAUUUGUCGUGGAGACAACAUACAAAGAUUGGAACACGCGAUUCCCAUCAAUCGCGGUGUGUGAGAAUGAUAACUCAAUACGCAUUGAAAAUGUUUCGGACAGUUUAUGGGGUCCAGAUCAUGAUUUUAAUAUGGAAGAGGUUCUUAAAGAAAUAUCAUAUUUUAAAGGAGUAACAUAUUAUACAUCUGAGUACUGUCGCGAAGAUGACCCAUUGGAAGAAUGUUUUACUAAUAAUUUAACUUAUUAUGCCGGUUUGCUUCGAAGUUCAUGUCGAGAAGUUAUGUCCAACUGUUCCUGGAACAACAAGAGCUUUGACUGUUGCACAUACUUCAGGCCUAUGGAAACGGAAUUUGGCACGUGUUUUGUUAUAAACUCUAUUCAAAGCAGAGAAAAAAAUCCACCUAAAUAUGAAAUGACCAGCAACAGAACUAGUCGUCUAGGAAUGAUAAAGUUUCACGUGACGAUACCAGUGAAAGUUUACACAUUGAAUGAGGAAGAGAUGGAAGAGAAAAGUAAAAAUAAAAAAAAUUCUUGCAAACGCAUCAAAGCAAUUUUAUCUGGUUAUGUUUUUAGACGUCUCAUAACGGUGAGGAAUAUCGAGAACGAUGCAGACGCUAGAUUUAUAUCUCCAGAAAAGAGAAAAUGCCGUUACAUAGAUGAAAACAAUUUGCAAGUGUACCCAUACUAUUCGUACACUGCCUGCACAGUUCAGUGCAGGAAGGAUGCGCAGAUGCGUCUGUGCAAUUGUUCUAAUUUCUUCAUGCCGAAUACUCCGGAAGAGGAAAAGUGUAACACCAGCGGUGUUAUUUGUAUGAAUUACCACGCCGAUGAUAUAACUGUACUGAAGGCUAGCUGGUCUAAUCAGAAAGGAUUGUAUUGCGAUUGUCUUCCAUCAUGCACUGAGGCUGAAAUAUCAGUUGUGAAAGACAUCAAGGAACCCAAUGUUUUUAAAUAUUCUACAGUUCAAAUAGAACUCUCGUCGUUACCUAGUGAGAUGUAUAGAAGGAACGUUGUACGUGGUGUACUGGAUUUAGUAGUAUCCACGGGAGGUACAGGCGGCCUCUUUUUAGGCGCCAGCAUAUUGAGUUUUGUCGAGCUACUGUACAUUCUGCUAAUAAGGCCGUUCUGCGACGUAUACAAGCAACGACACGAUGAUCCUUGGCAUAGAAAGUUUGGAACUAGACAGAUUCAAGACAACCAUUUUGCACUAAACCGGAACAUUGCCUUGAAGAAACCAUAAAG